GUUAAUUUUAAUUUUCUCUUUUUCUUAAUGGGUCAGAUUAUUUCACCUAUUAAUUUUAACGACCAGUUAAGAAUUCAUUAAAAUAAUAGGUAUAACAUUUGCCCCGCCUUUGUUGGUAGAGGUAGACUCCAAUCGUAGUGCCAAAAGCAAAGAGCGACCGUCUUCUCUUCCUUCCCAAACUCGCACAAUCUCAAACCCCCAAAAGCCGCUUUUUUUCCGUCCUCCCCUGUUACCCACAGUCGCACACACCCAAAAGCGACUCGCUUCGCAAUCCACCACAAUCCCAAAAACUCAAAAUCUCUCGCGCUCUCUCUCUCGCUCUCUCUCUCCCCUACAGCCUACAGGCACUAGUCAUGGCUGAAAACGGGCACAAACUACAACAACAGCAACUAGAAGAAGACGAAGAUGAUGCUACGAAGAAGCUAUUCUGUUCCUACCUUGGCCUGAGCCUGGGUGUUUUCCUGGCUUUAGCUCCCGACAACUUCCAGGAGCUCCAGAGCCAAGUGGGCGAGCUCUCUGCGCGGUUAUGGCAGGCGGAAGAGCAAGUGAGCUUCAUGACUUCCAGGCGAAAAGAGGACUCCAAAGCCAAUGCCCGGGUCGUCGAGAUCUUCGCCAGCCACCGCAACGCUUGGCAAGCCGAGGAGAAGCGGCUGCUGAACCAGAUCGACGACGCCCACCAAGAAAUCGCCCACCUCCAUGCCAGGAUUCUGGAGCUGGAGAAAACCCAGGAUGAUUCCAGUGCCAGGAUUCAGGAUUUGGAGAUGGUGGUUGAGGAGAGGGACGACAUGAUUGGUUUCAUGGCCACCAGCAGCGGAGGAGGACCUGAGGCUGAGGUUGACGGCGACAACCACUGUCACCGCCACCAGCACCGAGGCAAGGAGGAAGUCAUUGUCUACGACAAUGCCGUUGGCUUCGGCUUCGACUCGCACUUGGUAUCUGAUGCUUCCAAGCUCUGGCAGGAUGUACACUAUGAAUCCCUUGAACCGUUGUAUCACAUGAAGCAUUUUGUACCAAGGGAGUCGCCUUGGAAGCUAGAUGGUGAGUCGACAAGAAUAUCCUCUAAGCUAAAAUUACUUGAACAGGAAUUACUGAAUUUGGAAACUGUUGGAAAGAAUGAUAUUUCUAAGUUACCUUCAUUGAUGAGGAAGCAGGCCAAGAGGUAUCAAGCUCUUGCGGGGAAGAUAGAUGAUCUGUGCAGAAGAAUGCAAGGUAGUGAUCCUUCCGAACCUACACUCAGUCCAGAGUUUCGUACACAACGACAAACAGAAUUUUUACUCGAAUCAUUUAGACUUCAACAACGUGCGACAGAAACUGGACAGAAGUUGAUGGCAGUACAAACGGAGAUUGGGAAGAGUUCUUAUGGAGAUGAGCUGGGGAACCAGCCCAAACACAACACACGGCGGUGUUCAGAUUCCAUUAGAAACAACUUGAAAGAAAUCCAAAGAAAUUUGGAGAUAUGGUUGGCCAGAAUCAUCGGAGAUCUUGAAGGUAUUCUGGCUAGAGACGGCGCUUCUCGUGUAAGGGAAUACUAUAUCUCUAGCUGUCCUUUUGUUCAGUAGAUCUCUGGACUUGCAUAUCUUCUCCAUUUUUAUUCUCUUUUUCUUUUGUUUCUUUUUGUGGUUUUUCUUGGCCUUCAAUAACUCAUCACAACAGUCAAAACAAAGUCAGAAAGUCGUAUUAAAGGUAAUUUGGGCGGUGUUUUCGAUUGGGAUUUUAAGAUUAUAACUCUUCGUUGCGAUGAAGAUGAAGAAAUAUAUAGAAUUUGGACAUAUAAUAUUAAAUCAUACAACAAUUUCUGUGUUUGUA